CAAACUUCUAACCUAACAAAGGCAAAAUAAGCCGUUUCAUCGCUCGCAAACAAAACUAAAGCUUUCCACUUUUUUACUUUUUUCCAUUUGUUAUUAUAAAUUAGUGAAUUUAAAAAUUAUAAGAAAUGAGUUCUAUCGGUACAGGGUACGAUCUUUCGGCAUCACAAUUUUCGCCUGAUGGUCGGGUCUAUCAAAUUGAGUACGCUGGUAAAGCGGUAGAAAUGAGUGGAACGGUAAUUGGAAUGCGUGGAAAAGAUGGUAUUGUUUUGGCCGUAGAAAAAAUUGUUACCAGUGCUUUGUAUGAGGAUGACGCAGCUACACGUAUAUUUACUGUAGACAAAAACAUUGGUAUUGCCAUUGCUGGCCUUCUAGCUGAUGGGAGAUAUAUAGUGGACAUCGCUCGACAAGAGGCAGCUAAUUUCCGUCAACAAUUCGAACGUACAAUACCUUUGAAACAAUUAACUGAACGUGUAUCAGCUUAUGUGCAUGCCUAUACGUUGUACAGCGCAGUGCGCCCAUUCGGUGUGUCUGUAAUAUUGGCCUCAUGGGACGAGGAGCAAGGACCACAAUUAUAUAAAAUCGAACCUUCUGGUACUUCAUUCGGGUAUUUUGCCUGUGCUAGUGGCAAGGCCGAACAACAAGCUAAAACAGAAAUGGAGAAACUAAAAUUUGCGGAGAUGAGUGUGGACGAUUUGGUUCAGAAUGCGGGCAAGAUCAUUUAUUUGGUACAUGAUGAACUCCGAAACAAAGAUUUCCAUUUCGAAAUGAGUCUGGUCAGCAAAGAAACAAAAGGGCUACAUCGUUUAAAUCCCCAGCCAUGGUACGAUCAGGCAGUUCAAAGUGGUCUAGCGGCAAAGAAUGAAGACGAUAGUGAUAAUGAAAUAUAAAAUAUUUUUUAUUUAAUUCUAAAUCUCUAUAUAGUAACUAAUCUAUUUGAUUUGGUUUCUAAUAUUUCAAUAUGGUUUUACCCUAAAAAAAAUAAAAUCUCGUGCACAUGAGAAAUAAA